AUGGUAGACAAAUCCCAGCAGACUGAAGUAAUAGAAAAAAAGAAAUACUUGACCAUACCACAACCAUCUGACCCCAAGGCUACUGUUAGUAUUGGUAACAUUCCUGGAAGCAAAGGCAAAUACUCUGCCAAAAAUGAUGCUUCUUGUAGAAUUUCUUCUCAACUUCAGCAAACUUGGACAAAGAAAAAGCAUGGACGGGAAAUGACUAAUAAAUCUCAGCAGACAGACACCAUCCUAGAAGAGAAGAAAGAAAUCAAGUUAGUUGAUGAGACAGUGGCACCUGAACAAAAGCCAUCUGGUGUUGGAGAAGCAGCUCCUGAAUUGCCGGAGGGUGUUCAUGGAGUAGAAAGUUCAUCAAUCAGACACUUGAUUCAACUAAAAAUGGACCGAUCUCAGCAGACCGAUUGUACUGGAGACUGGACCACGAUGACCACUCCCCCAAAAGAAACAGCAAACAAGGAGCAGCAGACAUAUUUUAGUGAAUCAGAAGUAGGGGUCUUUUCCAAGCCAGGUAGUUCUUUCACAAAGUCAGAGGAAAGUGCCCAGAAACAUAAAUCCUCAGGAGAGAUUUUUGUUAGCGAACAUCCUGAAUUUCAACCAGCAACAAGUAGCGGUGAAGCAAUCAGCAGACUUUCAUUUACUCAGGAAACUAAAAUAGGUUCUCCAGAAAUUACAGAAGAUGAACUUAGACGAGAAGUGACCAUACCUGUUUCAGAAGGAGGUUCUGUUGCUAAAAAGGGGGCUUCUGUUGAAAUAGAGCCUCCACGAACAGACGUCUCAGCUGGAGUACAGACUCCAUCAGCUGAAGAGGCCACCACUAAAGUAGAGGCCACGCCUCCUGCUGAGGAGGCCCCUGUCCAAAUACAGCUUCCAGUUGAAGAGACUCCUGCUGCUGAGGCAGUCAUUGCAGCUGCUGAGGCUUCUGUUGAGGUUCAGACUCCACCAACUGAAGAGGCUCCUUCAGUAGAGCUUCCUGAUGAGGUUCAGCCUCUGCCAGCUGAAGAGUCUCCUUUAGAAGAACCCUCUGAUGCAUCACAGCCCCAACCAGCUGAAGAAGCUCCUUCAGAAGAGCCUCCUAAAGAAAUUCAGCCUCCAUUAGCAGAAGAAGCUUCUGUUGAAGUACAGCCUCCACCAGCGGAGGAGGCCCUUGAGGAAGCCCCAGCUAAAGGAGAUCCUCCUGUUGUUGAAGAGAUCCCUGCUGAAGUUCAGCCUCUACUGCCUGAAGAGCUUCUUCCAGAAGAGGCUUCAGAACUUCAGCUUCCAACAGCUAUAGAGACCCCUGGAGAAGAGGCCCCUGUUGAAGUUCAGCCCCCAUCAGAUGAAGAGACCCCUGGAGAAGAGAUCCCUGCUGAAGUUCAGCCUCUACUGCCUGAAGAGCUUCUUCCAGAAGAGGCUUCAGAACUUCAGCUUCCAACAGCUAUAGAGACCCCUGGAGAAGAGGAACCUGUUGAAGUUCAGCCCCCAUCAGAUGAAGAGACCCCUGGAGAAGAGAUCCCUGCUGAAGUUCAGCCUUCAUCUGCUGUAGAGACCCCUGAUGAAGAGGCCUCUAAUGAAAUCCAGCUUCCAGCAGCUUCAGAGGCUCCUGCAGAAGAGGUCCCUUCUGAGGUUCAGCCUCUAUCCGCUGAAGAGACUAUUACAGAAGAGGCCUCUGAUGGAAUUCAGCUUCUAGCACCUACAGAGACUCCUUUAGAAGAGGUCCCCGCUGCAGUUCAGUCUCUACCAUCUGAGGAGGCUUUUGCAGGGGUUCGGCCUCCAUCAGCUGAAGAGACUGUUGCUGAAGAGGUCUCUGAUGGAAUUCAGCUCCUAGCAGCAUCAGAGACUCUUUCAGAAGAGGACCCUGCGGAAGUUCAGUCUCCACCAGCCAUGGAGGCUCCCGCUGAAGUUCAGUCUCUACCAGCUCAGGAGGCCCCUAUGGAAGAGGCCCCUGUCCCUGCAGAAGAGGCCCCUGUUGGCAAACAGCCUUCACCAGCUAAUCUUCCUCCUAUUGAAGAGUUUCCUCCUUUGCAAGAGGCCUCUGCUGAUAUCCCACCUCCACCAUCUGAGCAAUCCCCUGCAGAUGAGGCUCUAUUAGAGAAUGUGUCUACUGAAUUUCAGUCGUUGCAGGGAGCAGAUGUCCCAGCAGAAAAAUCAGGGUCAGUUGUUUUGCAAGGUGAUGGAAAAUUUUAA